AUGAAAAGAGUAGCAAAGUACGAAAUUGAACAUAGGAAUAAAAUCAUUGGUAGAAUCUACAAACCAGGGGACUUGGUUCUUGUCCGAAACACGAGUGUUGAGUCAUCCUUGAAUAGAAAGAUGAAACCACGAUAUUUAGGCCCGAUGAUUAUAAUCAGGCGUUCCAAGGGAGGUUCGUACAUUGUGGCGGAAAUGGAUGGAGCUGUGUUUCAAAAUAAAGUUGGGGCCUUUAGAAUUAUUCCUUACUUUGCAAGGACUAAGAUAAUGCUUCCCAACGAUAAUUAUGAAAUCAUAGACCUCAACAAGGAAAGCUUAGACAAAUUAGACGAAGAAGGACUUGAAGAUCAUGUCGAUUCUAAUGACUACUAUUUUGAGGGAGUUAAUCUUGACCAAAACAUUCAUGAUGACACUAACGGAAAUGGCUCAGAAGAUGAUGAUAAAUAA